ACACUCUACGCUCCAAUCAGUCUGCACUCGCAUGUCCACGAGGUUGCUCGCACGGGGCCUGGCGGCAUCCUCUCUCUCUCCCUCUCUGUCUCUCUUUCUCGUUUCGUCCGCUCGUACUCCUGUUCUAUCAUAUUCUCCAUCUCGCUCUUCCCCCCCCUCUCUCUCUCACAUUUACCGUCUGUUUGUCUAUCUCUCUUGCUCUCUCAUUCACCUGACUCUUAGCGCGAGCAGUGCGUUACACAACACGGGGGUGAUACCGGUCGCCAGUCGAGGUACUGGUCGCGGACACUGCAGCCGUGGUUGAGGUUAGGUCGACGUCGACCAGUCGGCCGUAGUGGCGGGACGCGGCGCGGCGGAUUUGAAUUUUCGAACCCACCGAUUACCCGCGCCGUGUUUACGCGGCUCCACCGGGUGCCGCAGAUCGAUUCGCGCGCGCGUCGCGAUCGGAGGGAUCGUCAUCGCCGUCGUUGUUUUCCUGCCGGACGGUUGCAGAUCGGGUUUGUGAUUAUCGUCAUCCACGAUAUAAUCGGGCAAACCGUUACGCGCGCUUGCAGAUUAGACCGACGACGGCGUUUUGUCGAAACGAACGGAAACGCUCUGUGAGGACGAUGCGCCGCGAGUUUUUAACGUCAUCACCAUCGCCGCCACCGCCGUCGUCGUCGUCGUUGACAUUGUUAUUGUCGCCGAGGUCGUCGCAUUCGCGUCUGGUGGAAACGCGCAGCGACGGAGACAAGCAGCGAGUCCUGUGAGGUUUCUGUGAAUGUUCUCGGACAGCCGCGUGCCGCGGCUAGCCGCGCAUCAGUUUCUCAGUGCACACGAGGAAAACAUGGAUAAUUCUGCGUACGUACCGAAUCACCUACCGCCGCCGUCUUUGGUCGUGUUCUCGCAGGCCGGAGGGCUGCCUGAGGCCUUGAGAAUGCAAAGACCAUUCAAUCCACAAGUGACCGAUUCGAAAGAUCUGCAGGUGCCCUUCAGCACGGCGGCAUCGCUGGGCUACGGGCUGCAUCACAUGCUGCAUUUGCCGCCGCAAUUCCUGCAUCCACUCGAUCAUAGACUGCCCUUUGGCGGCUUUCGGCCCUUGGUGCCGUCCGCGUUCGCGCCCCCCAGCAAGUGCCUCAAGGUCGAGACCGGGAACGGCGCGGUGCCGGGGAACGGCGGCCUACCCAGCAUCGGCUCGCUCUCGAGCAUGUCGAAUAUGUUUUCGCCCACAUCCCUACCGGGUGCCGGCGGGGGUGCAGUGGUGUCUGUAUCCGGUGCGCGGGGGGGGGUGAGCGUUUCUCCUACCGGUACCGGCGGUACUGGUUCCGUGCCGAAUCGUGGUGCAACUCCCGAUGAGGAAGACCGUGACGCCAACGCCACACCAGGAUCCGAGAACACUGAACGAUCCACUCCGGAGGAAGGACGGCCGUAUAGACUGGGGCCUGUGUUCGGGGGCCGAUGCGGCGCGGAGGCGCUCGGUCUGGGGCUGGGGCUGUCGCCGGGCCCGGCCUACAGGUUCGCUCUGCCCCCGGGACUCGCUGCCAAGACCACCCGCUGCCUUGUAUUCGACCAAGGCAAAAAGAAAUUCCCUUCGGAUCCCUCUUGCUGCCCUGUAUGCGGAGUCACAGUGAGACCUCAAGAACUAGAACAACAUUUUGCUCAAGAGCUCGAUCGAUUGUACAAGGUCUCUUCGGCAUCUUCAAGACCUCGACCCUCGAGGUCGACCUUACCGCCAACGCAUCCCCAAGAUCAUUCCCAUGGCACGAUGCUCCAUGCCCCAUCGACGGCGGAUGGCACCCCUCAGGGUAGAUGGGAGACAUACAAAAGGAUCAAGGCCAACAGACAAGCCAGAAUACGCGUUAAGAAUCGAAAGCGGAAAGCGGACGAGGCGUCUUGUCCGGUUUGCAGUGAGAGAUUGUCGGGCACUCCGGAGGAAUUAAAUCAACACGUCGACCGAUGCCUGAAUAAGCAGAACAAUGGAAAUCCAGCCGGGCAGAACGCGAAUGUCGACGAAGAAGAGGUUGACGUUGAGGGCGACCCCGAAUACGAGGAGUACGAGUGGGCCGGGCAAACAAGAGUGCGUGCCACUUCCAUGCUUGUUGGUGGGUUUUCUGCCGCAGGCCUCGCCACUUCCUCGAGCAAUCGUAGUGCUAGGGGUGGAGGUAAUCAGGAAGAUGAAGACGUCGAUCUGGUAGUUGAUGGCGACGACGCCGCUGAGUUCGGUCCAGCUCAGUAUUCCGAAGCGGACGUGGUCGCGCCGCGAGUCGAUGGCACGCCGCGAGAACAGAAAGAACGGGAUGCGCUUCGUGAAGCCGUUAUUUCGCCGAACGCACCACACACGCCACAGCAGCUGACUCCUGAUUCUGGAUUGACGGCGCAGGGUCUGGUCGAGGUGAAGCCAGAGCCGGGCGCCGCAACACCCGUCGCCCAACAAAAUGACCCCGACGAAGGUGCCUCCGGGUCGCCUAGGAGAGACGGCGAUACGCCCGUCGUUGAGGCUCUUCGCGGCCGCAUCCGCGAGCUCGAAGCUGAGAUGCGCGGACAACCCUUUAAGUGUCUCAUUUGCAUGGAACAAUACAAAAAGCCAGUCACUUCGGUUUGUUGCUGGCACGUACACUGCGAACAAUGCUGGUUGCAUACGCUGGGCGCGAAGAAACUCUGUCCGCAAUGCAACAUGAUAACGUCACCAUCCGAUCUGCGACGCAUCUACAUGUGAACAAUCCGGCUCCCUGAGGAUCUACGUUCUCCACUCCAGGGAUUCGGGAUCAGCCGGGCAGCGUUAUCAACGAAUGUUCCGCUUCUGUAAAUACUUGUAUAUUUUUCUGCGUUACGUAAAUUAACUCUCUAGGAUUUUAACAUGUACGUUUAUGCAUCUUAGAGCUAGUAAAUUAACUUCGUUAGUUCUUAACGAUCAUCAACCGAGCGUCGCUUCAAGAUCAUCCGAUGCAGUUUUGCGCAUCUGCAACGAUCACAAUCGAUAUAUUCACUUAUACUUACGAACUCGCCGUCCCUUCCGAAAACCGUCAAUUUUUCCGCGAAUCUGCCGUACUGUUCUACCUUUUUAUUUGUUAUAUAUUGAAAUUGUAAUUAUAAACUAGUUAUUAACUAGUUAAAACUAAACUA